GCUUAGCAGUUUCAGCGGUAACCUAGGGAACGCCCAUGGAAGCAAUAGGAUGAAAGGUCUCUUCAAACAUAAGCCUCGUCCUCCUGGUGAAAUCGUUCGUCAGACACGAGAUCUCAUCGCCUUGUCCGAAAACGAAAACCAAGAAACCGACAUGAAACACUCUAAACGGUUAGGAAUAUGUCCUGAGAUCUGCAGGAACAUUAGGGAAUUGAAAUCGAUCCUGUACGGAAACAGCGAAGCCGAGCCUGUUGCCGAAGCGUGCCUCUCGUUGACGCAAGAGUUCUUCAGAGAAGACACGCUUCGCCCCUUGAUCAAGUCUCUUCCGAAACUCGACCUAGAGGCGAGGAAAGACGCCACGCAGAUCGUAGCGAAUCUGCAGAAGCAACAAGUCGGGAGCCGACUCGUUGCUUCUGAGUAUCUCGAAUCAAAUCUCGACGUGAUCGACACGCUAGUCGAAGGAAUCGGUAGAGACCACCAUUUGGCAUUGCAUUACACGGGGAUGCUUAAAGAAUGCGUUCGUCAUCAGGUUGUUGCCAAGUACAUCCUCGAGUCGAAGAACCUCGAAAGAUUCUUCGACUAUGUCCAGCUUCCGUAUUUCGAUGUAGCUACAGACGCGAGCAAGAUCUUCCGGGAGCUUUUGACCAGGCACAAGUCCACGGUAUCCGAGUACCUUGCCAAGAACUAUGAGUGGUUUUUCGCGGAGUACAACACGAGGCUGUUGGAGAAAGGGAGCUACUUCACGAAGAGACAAGCUUCGAAACUCCUAGGAGAUGUGUUGAUGGACCGGUCUAACUCGGGUGUGAUGGUGAGGUAUGUGAGCAGUUUGGAUCAUUUGAGGAUCAUGAUGAAUCUGCUGAGAGAACCGACCAAGAACAUUCAGCUAGAGGCCUUCCAUAUCUUCAAGCUGUUUGUGGCGAACGAGAGGAAACCAGAGGACAUUGUGGCGAUUCUUGUCGCGAAUCGGAACAAGAUUCUUCGGUUGUUUGCUGAUUUGAAGCCUGAGAAGGAAGAUGAAGGGUUUGAAGCUGAUAAGUUACUGGUUGUGGGUGAGAUUGCAUCGCUUUCUCUCAAGCUAAGUGAAUGAUGAUGAUGUUAUCAACGUUGUUUUUGUCAUGUUUUGUAUUGCAUUUUAGCAUAGAUUCACGUUCUGAAAACGCUAAAUACAUAAUGUGAUUUUCGAAAGUUUUUAUUCAAUGCCAGUCUUCUUCUUCAACAUUGUGAU